CGCAUUUGGGUUUCCGGCCCGGUUUCGCCACCCGCUGCCUCUCAGGCCAAUUCAGACUCGCUGGACGCCAUGGAGGAGUCCGAAAUGCAGCUGAAAGUAAAGAAAGUAACCGACAAAUUUACAGAGAGCAUGUAUGUCUUGGCCAAUGAACCCUCCGUCGCGUUGUAUCGGCUUCAGGAGCAUGUCAGACGGUCCCUCCCGGAAUUGGCCCAGCAUAAGGCCGACAUGCAGAGCUGGGAGGAGCAGAGCCAAGGAGCCAUCUAUACUGUGGAGUAUGCCUGCAGCGCCAUCAAGAACAUGAAGGACAGCUGCGUUUAUUUCAAGAGCAUCGAUGGGUUACUCCGGAACGCCAUCGCAGUGAAAGAGCAGCUGAAUUCCGCCCGCAGGUAGCUCCAGCCAGCUGC